AUGCACGACGCAACACUCUAUCUGUGGCAAAAGGCCGAUGGGGAAGAGCUCCGUCCGCCGUCGCCCUUCGAGGACGAGCGCGAAGAGUCGACAGCCGUCGACGCCGACAACUACUUUGGACUCGACGCGCUCUCUCGCUUUUGGCGCAUGUUUCAGCGGCAAGAGACAACCGCCCGCACCAAGCGGCCGCGCCCGCGCUCUGCUCGCACCACGUACCUUCAGCGGCUCCAACAGCUGCACCGGUGCCCCGAGCCGAUGGGGAUCAUCCGCAAAGGCGAGACGCCCAAGGUUGAUUUGCACGCCUAUGACAUUGGCAGUGAGUUUGCGACCGCCAUGGGCGAGAGCUUGGCGCUCAUCCCGAGCAUUGAUACGCUCAACCUGGCGUCGAACCGCAUCUCGGACGCAGCAGCCAGCGACGUGAUCGCAUCCAUGGCAGCGUCGCCGACGCUGCGAGCCCUCGAUUUCGCCGCCAACGACUUGGGGCUCCAAGCCGCGAAGGCGCUUGCGACGCUUCUCGGAUCGACCAAGUCCCUUACGUCCAUCAACCUCGCCCACAACAAGCUCAACAGCCGCGCGAUCGUGCUUCUCUGCGAUGCGCUCAAGAAGAGUCCGACCGUGACCCACCUCAACAUUUCUGAAAAUGCCUUUUCGACGCCUGGCAUGCUGGCGAUCGCCAAACUCCUCGAAGAAAGCGCCAAGAUCGAAGAGCUGUAUCUUUCGUGGAACAAGAUCCGCGGGAUUGGCGCGCAGCGGAUCGUCGAGGCCAUCGGCUUCCACAACUCGCUGCGCGUGCUCGACUUGUCGUGGAACAGCCUCAACUCGUGCGCGCACCACGCCGUCGCCACCGCCCUCGCGGCCGCGCUGGCCAACAACAAGGUGCUCGUGCACCUAGAUUUGAGCAACAAUGGGCUCGACGUCGACGAUUGCGCGAUCCUCGCGAACGCACUUGUCGCCAACCACACGAUCCUCGGGCUGCACAUGGUUGGCAACCAAGGCUACGUUGACGCCCGAGUAGGGUUUGUCGUGCCAUCGACCGAGCCGAUGCACUUGCAGGCGCAGCACAAGGUGUCGAGCAUUGCCCACUACGAACAGUAUCAAGGGACGGACGAGAGUGCGUACGACCAUUUUUGGCACUGCGUGGACCGCCAGUGCUGGCUCUGCGGGCGCUGGUCCGAGUACCGGUUUGUCUGGACGCCGCCGCACUCGAUCGACCCAAAAGCCAAGGUGCAGCUCCAUCUCUCGAUCGACGACUGGGAUGGCGACACCAUGAGCCCGGCUGCGAACGAUACGUAUCUCCUGUACCGCAUGCUCCCGCCAGGGAAAACGCAAUACUUUAUCACGGUCUCGACCGACAUUGCUUCGUCCCUCUCGAGCAGUGGCGGCACGUCAGCGCUGCCCGCGAGCACGCGUACCGUGCGGCAGUUUUACACGAUGAAGGACAAGCGAGCGUCCCGCAUUCUUCGGCAACACGGCGACGAAGACAUUUUUGGCACCCUUCACUACGCCAACUAUAUCGCCAUGUCGCGCUCGGACGACGCCAACCCGUGUCGCGCCACCAUGCCGCGGCCCGGCUCGAAUGCAGUCAAGGCACUCAAGUGGGACAUCAAAAAGUCGGUGUUUGCAUCGCGCGCCAAAGAGAGUCCCAGCAAAGCUUAUGUGGACACGGACAUGCUGGUUGCCAAGGCGUUCCUUGUUGAUUUCAAGCACUGCAAAAUCGACCGCAUCAUUCGGGACGCACUUCGAAAGAAGGAGCUCGAGACGAUCGGCGUCGUCUACUACCGCGUGAUUAGCAAUUUGUACCGCACGUACUGCAACCGCGGGGUCCCAAGCCGGGGCACGGCCAUGGACACGAUAUCGAUUUCGUGGGCCGGGUUUCUCGAGUUUAUCAAUGACAGCAAGCUCGUCGACGAAACCUCGGAGCGCUGCAAGAUGAGUGACAUGGACAACGUCUUUGUCGCGGCCAACCUCGAGGUGACGGAAGAAGCAAAGCAGCAAGACAACCCGGACCGGAGCCUCACGCGCUUUGAGUUUCUCGAGUGCAUCAUCCGCAUCGCGAUCAACAAGUACGCGACGGGCAAAAUGUGCGAGACGCCCGCGCAGGCGUUCGAGAAGCUCAUGCAAGAGCACUUGGUGCCAAUGACGCCCCAAGAUAGCAAUGAAUUUCGAGCCAACUACCUCUACACGGAAGCCGUGAGCGACUGCCUCGUCGAGUAUGUGGUCAUGCUCAAGGACCUCUACCAAGACAACAGCGGCAAGUACUGCAAAGUGGGCGACGUCAAGGGCAUGGCCAUGCAAGAAUUCAUCAAUUUACUCGAGCAGUUCCACGUGUUUGACGACAAAUUCAAAGUCCGCGACGUCCGCGAACCCUUUUUCGCGUCCAAAAUGAUGAUCCUCGACGAGAUGGCGUCCACGUCCCAGCGACGCAUCAUCUACUUCACCGAUUUCCUUGAGCUCUUACUGCGCGUGGCGUUGCUGCGGUACCCGCCAGCGUCCGAGUCGGUGCUCGACGCCGUCCACUCGCUCGAACAGCUCUUUGUACAGCACUUUUGCGCCAAAGACCAGCUCGUCUCGACGUUUCGGAGCUCGGCCGAGAAGGCGAUUGCAGCGCGGCUGCUCACAACACCUCCGACGUCGGCCCACGACGAUCCGAAAGGAGCCUCGCCCCGGUCCCGUGGCUCCCGGCGAACGUCCCGAAAAACGCUGGCCGACGUGCCCAACAUGAGCAGUGACGCCAGUGACAGCAAGCGAGGCCCGUCCCGAUAG